AUGAGAGAAGUCAUUCGUGUUAGAGACUUUCCUCAAAGUAAAGUACAAGAAAUUUCUGACGCAACAGGUAUAGCAUUUAAUGUUACCAUUGGUUAUUUCAAUGACUCAAGACAUAAUGAAAUAAAGAGAUACAUACCAAAAGAAUGUGAAACUGUUAGAACUAUUGACUUACUUCUUGUUGAAGACCACUACAUGCUAAAUGAAAGAUUACCAAUGACAACAUAUUUCAUUCGCAACUAUAUAGAAAUCUUGAAGGAGUGUGGUGGAAUGAACAUUGAGAAACAAAUGAAGAUUUAUACAAAGAGAGAAGAUAAAUAUGUAGUUCGUUAUGAUAGAACAACACCGUUAUGGGAUGUUAUGAAAACAUUGUGGGAGUGCAAAUAUUUCGAACCUAUUUCUUAUGGAGAACUUUUCACAUAUACUACUGACUUAUAUAAACAGAACCUUGCACCAUUUAAAGAUUUGACAUAUGCUCCAAAGUAUUGUGUACAACUGAAGAAGAAAGCCGAGUCAAAAGAAGUAAAUAAAAAUAAGUGCAAGUUCAUUCCUGAGCACGUUUUCUUUGCUGACUUUGAGUGCAGUACCGAUGGCUUUCAUAAAGCUUUUAACAUAUGUUACGACAGUGAAGAUGGUUCAGUGAGUGAAAGCAUUUGGGGUCAGAACUGUGCAACAGAAUUUUUGGAGCGACUUCCUGACAAGAGUUUAAUAUAUUUCCAUAACCUCAGUUAUGAUAUAAACUUCAUCUUAAGACACAUGACAGAAGUGAAAGGAACUCCCAUCAUUAAAGGUUCACGAACAAUGCAAAUAACUGGCUUAUAUAAAGGAAGGGCAAUUAUUAUAAAAGACUCUUACAGUGUUAUAAAUAAGAAGCUUAAACUAUUUCCUGCUAUGUUUAACUUACAAACAGGACCGAAAGAAGUAUUUCCAUACAACUACUACAGCAGUGUUUUGUUAGCAAAUGACAACAGAACUGGUGUCAUUUCUGAAGCAU